AUGUCUACUUCAGCUUCAGCGAGAGGUUCAAGUGAGGAUUCAACAGAAACUGACGCUCACUAUGAAGGUCUUGCCUACGAUUCUCAACGAUCUCGCUCAUCCCGACCAGACAGUCCUAUUUCUAUCAAUGAGCUCCCAGAGACGAAUGAGGGUCCAGCCACUCGGAAGUUCUGCCACCUUCUGCAGCUGAAUCAACAGGCGCUUUAUAAUCGAUUCGAUGAACAUAGUUCUGAAGUUUCAGGUCUUUUCAAGGGCGUACUCAGUGUUUCCAAUGAGACACAGCAAAAUGUUGCAGAACUUGCCGCAGAAAUCAGUUCUCUAAGGCAGGCACAGCUUGCGCUCCGCCAAAAGCUGAAUCAUGACCAAAGAGAGUACUACGACGAGGUUGAGGCACUAAAGGUCGCAUUCAAGGAGGAGUUGGAAGCAGUAACCGAGGUCUCAAAUGAGGCAAACCGCCAAGCGAAAGCCCUUCGUGCUGAGGUACAACUGCUCCGACGGCAGAUGGCCACGCCGUCUUGGCAAUUUCCUCAAUUCAAGAAACUGCCUCCUGAGAUUCGCAACAUGAUAUGGCGCUUCUCCCUGCCAAACAACAUCGUUCACGUGCGAGAGACGACGAGGAUGGACGGGCUAGUAUCCGGCUGGGAUCUUGAACAGAGCUGGGCACCUCCGGCGGCUUCGCGUGCAUGUCGUGAAGCCAGAGCUGUUGCAUCCCACAGCGGCGGCAUGGUCUACACCGACAAGCUCUUUAAUGGGCGACAGUGGAGCUGGUUCGAUGCGACGAGAGACACUCUAUACAUCAGCGUGAUCUCGAACGAGGAUCAUGAGUUCACAGGUGUCAUUGGGAUUAACAAUAUUGCCAAGGUUGCGCAAUACGUCACGCUUCACUCGGCUGAGAGAAAAUACCACGACUGUUUCAUGCAACUGUUCCAGCCCAAUCGUUUUCCUAAUCUGAAAAUUUUCGAUUUUGUGAGCAUUAGCUACAAGCUGCCUCGGCGGUAUGAUCCGCGCCUCGAGUCUCGGUUGUUUGUUUUAGGCAGCAAGGUGGUGAUCGUGGCUGUCGGCGACUUUCAAAAUUUCAUUGCAAACCUGCGCGGUCACGGUUUGUCUUGUUGCCAUGAGGGCUUGGAGGAGUUGUUACUUAGCCUCAUCAACCAGGACCAGUGGCCUGUUCCAUCGGAAGACCUCGAUGACAGCAUUGUAGAGUGGUCGAAGUUCAAACGUUUCGCCACUGAAAGCUGGUUUUCCGUACGGCGUCGCUGGUUCCGUUUGACAGGCGAGAAGGGAAUGGAUAGCAUGGGGAAGAACCGGUGUGAAGCUUCUAUUAAAGGGCGAGGAAUGCUGACACCGUCGGUUCCAACGUUUAGAAGAGUCAUCGUUAUCGAGUCCGGCUGA